ACCCAAACCAUGAGAUCUAUCAUAUUCCUAACUAUCUAAUUCUAUAAUAAUAGACGCCCUUCAUUUUGCUAUAUAACAACCCCAACACACAUCUCCUAUCUGUCUCUUACUCUGCCUCUUCCUCAACCUUCAUCCCUACUUCUGCUUAGCCAGUCCGUCUGGAACAACCUAUGGACACUAGCAGCUUAGAGGAUGCUUGCAGCGAGAUCGAGAAGCAGUCUCCUCCGCCGCGGCCGCGGCCACCGCCGCCGGCCCCUCCUAAGGGCUUACGACGACUCGGUAGCGGAGCAAGCGUCGUCCUCGAACCGGAGAUCAGCAUCGAGGCCGAGUCACGGAAGCUGCCGUCGUCCCAGUACAAAGGCGUCGUGCCGCAGCCUAACGGCCGGUGGGGGGCGCAGAUCUACGAGAAGCACCAGCGGGUCUGGCUGGGCACUUUCAACGAGGAGGACGAGGCGGCGCGGGCCUACGACGUGGCUGCGCAGCGCUUCCGCGGGCGCGACGCCGUCACCAACUUCAAGCCGCUCGUCGAGACCCGCGAUGAGGACACGGCGGAACUCUCGUUCCUGAAUUCGCAUUCCAAGGCUGAGAUCGUCGACAUGCUCCGUAAACAUACCUACCUCGACGAGCUGCAGCAAAGCAAACGAUCCUCCGGCGCCGACAAGAGGAGGAACCAUCCUUCCCGUGGAGGGGUCACGGGGUGGUUUGGUGGCGAGCACAGGGAGCACCUCUUCGACAAGGCCGUGACUCCUAGCGACGUCGGAAAGCUGAACAGGUUGGUGAUACCGAAGCAGCACGCCGAGAAGCACUUCCCGCUGAAUCAGACCGGCGCUGCCGCCUGCAAAGGGGUGCUGCUGAACUUCGAGGACGCCUGCGGGAAGGUGUGGCGGUUCCGCUACUCCUACUGGAACAGUAGCCAGAGCUACGUGCUAACCAAGGGCUGGAGCCGGUUUGUCAAGGAGAAGGGGCUCAGAGCAGGCGACGUCGUCACCUUCCAGCGCUCGACCGGCCCGGAGAAGCAGCUCUUCAUCGGUUGGAAGACGCGAACCGCCGGCGCACACACGGCCGAUGGGGUUCAAGCGACGAAACCACCCGUUGAGGUGGUGAGGCUCUUCGGUGUGAACAUUGUCAAGAUUCCGGCGGCGGUGAGCGGAGAUGUCAGCGAUAGGAGUGGUGUUGGCUGGGCUGCGAAGAGGACCAGGGACAUGGAUUUGAUAUCAUCACUCGAGCUGUUCAAGAAGCAAUGCAGAGAGGAGGGUUCGUAGCAUCGGCUUAUUCGAUUUAGGCUAAUCAGUCACCAGUUAGUCAAUCUUUCAUGUAAAUUCUCUCGUGUAUAUCAUAUCAGACUAGUCGUCGAAGAGUUGAAUCUUACCGAAAGGAUCGGAAACAUCCUGCUGCAAGGAAAAACAAAUUUUGGUUCCUUGUUCAUUCUUCA